AUGAAUGGAGUUGAUAUAAAUUCAAAUUUAGAUUCAAUUAAAGCAAAAGCAGAAGAUAUUAGAAAUUUAUUAUUAACAACUUCAACUGGUAAUUGGGAGGAUAUUUUAGGACAUUUUGUAGUAUUAUCAGGUGAAUAUGGAUCAUUAGUCAGAGAGGUCAAUAAUAUAUACGAUAGUGUUGCAGUAUUUCCUGAACAAGUUACAGGUGAUCCAAAUUUAAUACCAAAUUUAUUAAGAACAAAACUAUCACCAGAAUUGGAGACCAAGAAUAGAGAUAUCAUAAAUCAAUACGUUUCAAAGAAUUCCACUCACUAUGAUCCUGGAAAUCAAGAGGAGAAUAUACCACCAUUGAAAUUACAUAUAAAAUCAUUCAAUGAUAGAAUAGAUAAAGUGGAUCAAGAAUUUGAGAAUAAAAUUCAACAAAUCAGUAAACAUAAAUUAACCAAACCAUCAGCAUCCCACGAUACCGCAAUCCUCAAAGACAUCCUCUCCAUCACAAUGCUAGGAUCAGGUAUUAAAAUCAAUGCUCAACAACAAUUAGCACAACAACAACAACAACAAGCUACAAUCAAUGCAUUACAACAACAACAAAGAUUAUUAAAUGCACAACAACAACAACAACAGCAACAACAACCACAAGCAUUAUAUAAAUUACCUGCUACAAAUACUGCAAAUACUUCAACUAAUACACCAUCAUCAACAAUUGUAAUUAAUUCACCAUCACCUGGUGGUAUUCAUCAUAAUGUACCAACACCACCAACCAAUCUAAAUGCUGCUGGUACUAGAACUUCACCACCAAAUGUACAGCAAUAUGUAAAUUCACCACCACCACAACAACAACAGCAACAACAAAUUAAUACAGUCAUUGGAACACCAAAUACAAUACCAACCACACCAACAGCAACAGUAUCAACUGCUGCCACUUAUAAACCAGUGGCAUCACCACAACAACAAGUUACUUCUAAGCAAGUACCAAUACAGUCAACAAAUAAACCAUUACCACAACAACAACCUUCAAUACAAAUUCAACCACAACAAUCUAUUGUGCAAAUGGUGCAGAAUGUUUUACCAAAUACAACUUCACCACCUGUUAACAAUAAUAAUCAAUCACCAAUUAAUAGUGGUAUUGGAGGAGGUCAAUUUAAACCAUCAGCUAUUAAUAUUGCAAAUGCAAAUAGUGGUACAUCAACAAUUCAACAACAAAUUCAAUUACAACAACAACAAUUACAACAACAAAUUCAAUUACAACAACAAUUAGCACAGCAGCAACAACAAAAUCAACAAAAUCAACAAAAUCAACAAAACCAGCAAAACCAACAAAAUCAACAAAUUCAUCAACAUAUUCAACAUUUAACACCACAACAACAAGCUCAAUUACAACAACAAAUGUUACAACAACAACAACUUCAACAACAAUUUCAACAACAACAAUUAUCACAACAACUUUUACAACAACAACAACUUCAUCAACAACAACAACCAAAUCAAACAAUUCAAAAUCCAUUUCAUAAUUUUCAAGCAAAUAAUUUCAGAGUUCAAAAUCCUACAAAUUUUAAUCCACCACAAAAUCAAUAA